UCCCACAACACAGAAGCUUGCAAUUAAUGGAUUCAACUUCCCCUUGCAAUCUCCACUUUGUGUUCAUCCCAAUAAUGACCCCGGGUCAUCUUCUUCCCAUGGUGGACAUGGCCAAAAUGUUGGCACGACGCAAAGUGAAAGUGAGCAUAAUCACCACACCCCUCAACUCCAUCCACUUCCAAGCUAGCAUAGACAGAGAGAUUCAAUCUGGCUCACCCAUCCAGAUUCUGCAUGUUCAGUUUCCAUGGGCUCAAGCUGGAUUACCAGAGGGGUGUGAGAGCGCAGACAUUCUUCCUUCAAUGGAUCUCCUAUCCAAUUUCACUGUCGCCAUGAACUUGAUGCAGCGACCAAUAGAAGAGCUUCUUCAAAACCAAAGGCCCUUUCCAAGCUGCAUAAUUGCCGACAAGAAUUUCGUGUGUAUGGCUGAUGUUGCUGACAAGUUCAACGUCCCAAGAAUAAUAUUCGAGGCAUCAAAUUUUUUCUAUCUCCUAUGCUGCUACAUUUUGAACAAGGAAAAGGUCCAUGAAGACUUGUCUUAUGAUGAGAAAUUUCUUGUGCCUGGAAUGCCCCACAGAAUCGAAUUGCGAAGGUCUCAACUCCCCGGAUUAUUCCAUCCCGGCAAAGACGUGAAGCUGCAAGCUUGUCGUGAGGCGACAAGAAAAGCUGCAAAAAAGGCAUAUGGGAUUGUGGUUAACAGUUUUGAAGAGUUGGAAGCUGAAUAUGUGAAAGAGUAUGAAAGGGUUACGGGGCAUAAGGUAUGUUGUGUAGGACCUGUGUCGCUGUGCAAUAAGGAUGACAAGGAGAAGGCUCUGAGAAAUAAGAGAAACUCGAGUGAUGAAAAUAGGUAUAUGAAGUGGCUUGAUUCAUGGCCUGCAAGGUCUGUGAUUUAUGUGUGCCUUGGUAGCCUGAACCGUGCAACUCCUGAGCAAUUGAUAGAAUUGGGGUUAGGAUUGGAAGCAACGAAAAGGCCAUUCAUUUGGGUGCUUAGAGGUGGAUAUGGAAGAGAGGAAAUUGAGAAGUGGCUGUUGGAAGAUGGGUUUGAAGAGAGGGUGAAAGGGAGAGGGAUUCUGAUAAAGGGUUGGGUGCCACAAGUGUUGAUAUUGUCACAUAGAGCAAUAGGAGCGUUCUUGACACAUUGUGGAUGGAAUUCCACGCUUGAAGGGAUCUGUGCUGGGGUUCCGUUGGUGACUUUUCCUUUGUUUUCUGAGCAGUUUCUGAAUGAGAAGAUUGUUGUACAAGUGGUGGAGAAUGGGGUAAGUUUAGGAGCUCAAUCUGUUGUGCACUUAGGACAGGAAGAUGAGGCUCGAGUUCAGGUGACAAAAGAAAAUGUUGCAGAUUCUAUUGAGAAGCUAAUUGGUGAAGGCAAAGAAAAACAAGUGUUUAUGGAAAGAGCCAGAAACUAUGCGAACAUGGCAAAGAAAACAGUGGAAGAAGGUGGUUCGUCUUACAACAAUAUGUCUCUCCUAAUUCAAGACAUAGCAAGUUUCAAAAUGCAUUAG